AUGACCCACAUACAGAAAGCAGAAGUGGACAAUCAAACGGUCGUCACCAAGUUCAUCCUCUUGGGAUUCGGGGAUCUCCCUGAACUGCAUACUCUUCUCUUCCUGCUGUUUCUAGUGAUCUACAUUGUGACCGUGGCCGGGAACAUCCUCAUCAUUGCUCUAGUUGUGGCUGAUCAGCACCUGAACACCCCCAUGUACUUCUUCCUCGGGAACUUGUCCUUUGUGGAGACCUGCUACAGUUCCACCAUCCUACCCAGGAUGCUGUCCAGUCUCCUGACUGGAGACAGAACUAUUUCUGUCUGUGGCUGCAUCAUGCAGUUUUAUUGUUUUGGUUUCUUGGCAUGUACAGAGUGUUAUCUCCUAGCAGCAAUGUCUUAUGACCGGUAUUUAGCUAUAUGUAAACCUCUGCAUUAUGCAGCCCUUAUGAAUGGCAGAACCUGGGUUCUAGCAGCUGGGUCAUGGCUAUGGGCAUUUGUGGCUAGUACCAUAACUGUAUGUUUGAUGUCACAAUUAACAUUCUGUGGCCCCAGUGAAAUCAACCAUUUCUUCUGUGAUCUCAACCCAUUGAUUAAACAUUCCUGUCAUGACACCAACCUGAUCACGCUGCUGAGUUUCACACUCACCUCCAUAGGUGUCCCUUUCCCAUUUCUAUUAACCCUGGCAUCCUACACUUUUAUCAUCACCACCAUUUUAAGAAUCCCUUCCACUACCGGGAAGAAAAAGGCAUUUUCUACCUGCUCCUCUCACCUCAUGGUGGUGACAAUUUUCUAUGGGACUAUAAUCAUUGUCUAUAUUUUACCAGACACUGACACUCUUAGAGACCUCAACAAAGUGUUCUCUGUCUUCUACACUGUCCUGACUCCCCUGGUCAAUCCCCUCAUCUACAGCCUGAGGAAUAAAGAGGUCAAGGAGGCCCUGAGAAAGAUCAUCCAUAAAUUGAUGGUGCUCACAGGAAUUCAGAAGGAGUGA